CCAGAGCCUAUCCUCACCCCACUGGACCGGAAUCUGAACCAGAGCGAGGAACAAAAACACAAACACACAGGCUGGACCACACUGCUGAAGCCGUCUAUCCACAGACUCAGCUCUGUGGAGUCUACCGGCCCCUGGACCACCUCUGUCACAACGACAACCACAAGCACCUCCACUGCAUCCUCCAUCCACUCCCUGCAUCCCACCACACUCCUUUCUGAGACGCUGUCCUCUCCUCCACACCUCUCUUUCCAUCUUUCUCUCUAUCUCUUUGUCUGUCUCGGCCUCUGUUGUAUUACACCUCGGUGGCCACUGGUGUGCGCUGCUGCGCUGUUCUCUGUCCUCCGCUAUGGAGAAGGUGCAGCACAUCACGCGCGCGGCCAUCCGGAGGGCGUCCACCAUGGAGGUGCCCCAGCAGGCCAAGCAGAACAUGCAGGAGCUCUUCAUCAACUUCUGCCUCAUCCUCAUCUGCCUGCUGCUCAUCUACAUCAUCGUCUUGUUGAUGUGAGCUGGAGGAGGACGAGGGUCAUGGACUCUGUCGAUUAGGGGGGCAUGCUCUUUCCACAUCAUGUGAAGGAUCGACAGCAUGGUGUAGCCUGGUCCUCUUCCCCGCACGCUGACCACCACCCGACCCGGUGACCUCCAGAUCAGCCAGUGCUUCACUGCGAGCUCAAGCACUCCUCCAGCAGAUUGGACAGCUCCAGCACAGAUUUGCUUUCACACCAUGGAUCUAACCACCAACCGUGGGCUCAACCUGCUGCUCAACUUCCUGCUUAUCGUAGUAGUGCUGCUGCUGCUGCUCAUUCUGGUCAAGAUGAUGUGACCUGGCCAGCUGACCCACUACUAAAACAUUAAAAUGGCCUGAGGCUCAUAGAGAGAGCAAUGGGGACCCUUGCUUUAUCUCUCUCUCUACCUCUCUACCUUUAUAUGCAUUUUGUAACAUUACCUACAGCAAGGACCCUUUUAUUUAAAAAAAUCUGGCACAAAAGUGUAAAUGUAAUAUACACAAAUGCCCAUUGACUCUGGUCAAGCCUUUACAAGUGAGCCCAAAUGAGUAACUCACAGGCAUCCGCCUGCUCCAUCUAGUGGAUAAUCCUCCACACUGCAUUAGCAGUGUGCUUUAAUACAUCUAAUAAAGCAGCCAGGAUAAGUAUAAUUCUUUAAAAUCAGGAUUUUAUUUGUCCCCCCCCCAGAGGCAGAUUAAAGCUAUAAUAUAUACAGGCAACCCGCGCCAGCAAAAGAAUUAGGGCUUCAAAUGUAGGUGACCUCUUUCCACAAACCACUGAAUACUACACUGGUAGAGUCCACAAAGUAAGCAUAGGCACAUAGUACGCCUGCAAAGAGAUCUAUUAGAAACUAUUAGACCCAGACCCAAAUAUGGCGAUUCUGUUUUUGAUCAAAUACACAUCACCUCAAGCUAUGGAAGUAUGUCAACCACAUGGAACAUUGUUUUUUUUUUUUAUUUAAAUCCUUCACAACUAUUUCACUACAAUUAUUAUAGUUGUUUGGUUUGUAUAUACAUAUCUUCUAUACAAAUGUGUGUACAUGCAGUCACAAAACCUUUGAAGACACAAGCACAGUUUAAACACUUUCUAUUAAAGUGAUGAUUUCAAGCCAGCCAAUAAGUACACAGAUGUAUGUGUGUAAUUUAACAAUAUAGCAGUGGUACAUUGUAUGUAAUGCUAUAGUUAAGCAGGCUAAACUGCUGAUUUUCUUUAUUACUGAUCGUUUCUGUACAACACUUUCUGUUUGAGUGAUGAACAACACAACAUCUGUUACAAUAAAGCAGCUUCACUGAAUAA